ACAUCGAUAUAUAUCUGGUUUUGCAGUUUGAGAUCCUCCACUGGUUUCAUUUCCCGGUGGGAGAGGGCAGAGUCUCUUGGGAGCUGAAAGUUCCCUCUCUUGCUGUUCCAGUACUGCAUCACGUACCUACUGAGGGUACGCGCCCAUGGCCGGCGGUGGUGGUAAUGGCAGUAGUAGUCGAUCGUUGGUGGAGACUCCGACGUGGGCAGUCGCCGCAGUUUGCUUGGUUCUUGUCAUCCUCUCGAUCAUCAUCGAGCAAAUCAUCCACCGUAUUGGCAAGUGGUUAAGAAAGCAUCACAAAAGCGCACUAUAUGAAGCACUAGAAAAGAUCAAAUCUGAAUUGAUGCUGCUGGGCUUCAUAUCCUUGCUUCUUACUGUGAGCCAAAACCUCAUAUCAGAGAUAUGUGUGUCCGAGAGUGUUGGCAAUUCAUGGCACCCAUGUAAGGCCUCGGAAGAGGCUGUCAUCGCAGGCGAUGACGAGCACCGGUCCGAGGAUUCAAACGAAAACAACAACGGACGAAGGCUUCUGCAAAGUGCUGACUCCACGGACAGAUUCCGACGCAUUUUAGUUGGAGGAGGGUCAACAGACAAAUGUUCAGCCAAGGGAAAAGUUCCUUUCAUUUCCACCGAAGGCAUCAAUCAGCUUCACAUUUUCAUUUUUGCCUUGGCCGUCUCCCACAUCCUUUACUGCGUGGUCACCAUGGCUCUGGGUAGACUGAAGAUGAGAAGGUGGAAAUCAUGGGAAUUAGAGACUGAAACAGCCGAAUACCAAUUCUCUCAUGAUCCUGACAGGUUUAGAUUUGCAAGGGAUACAUCAUUUGGCCGUCGGCACUUGAAUUUCUGGAGCAAGUCGCAUGUUCUCGUCUGGAUUGUCUGCUUUAUCAGACAAUUUGUGAGCUCAGUUUCUAAAGUUGAUUAUUUGACGCUACGACAUGGGUUCAUCAUAGCACACUUGGCGCCGCAAAGUUCAAGCAAGUUUAACUUUCAGAAGUAUAUAAAGCGGUCGCUUGAAGAGGAUUUUAAAGUUGUAGUUGGGAUAAGCCCCACAAUAUGGUUCAUUGCAGUAUGCUUCCUGCUAUUUAAUACACAUGGUUGGCGUUCCUCUUUAUGGCUGCCAUUUAUCCCUUUGAUUAUAGUUCUCAUGGUUGGAACAAAACUUCAAGUCAUAAUUACAAAGAUGGCUAUACAAAUUAUGGAACGUGGGGAUGUUGUUAAGGGUGUCCCAGUUGUUCGUCCUGGAGACAAACUCUUCUGGUUCAACCGCCCAGGCCUUCUACUCUUUCUAAUUCAUUUUGUCCUAUUUCAGAAUGCAUUUCAGCUCGCCUUCUUUGCCUGGAGUUGGUACGAGUUUGGCUACCCUUCAUGCUUCCACAAAAGUAUAGAAGACAUAGUUAUUCGAAUCUCCAUGGGUGUUCUCAUACAGGUCCUAUGUAGCUAUGUUACACUACCUCUCUAUGCACUGGUAACACAGAUGGGGUCUAAUCUGAAACCUACCAUCUUUAAUGAGAGAGUAGCAACUGCUCUAAGAAAGUGGCAUCACACUGCAAGGAAGCGCUUGAAAGAGAACAGGAGGUCUGCAAGUGUGACGCCUUCUUUGUCUACAAGCAGGCCAGCUACUCCAACCCAUCGCUUAUCACCACUUCACGUCUUACAGUAUCAUCAUAAUGAGGCCGAGAGUCUGCAAAACUCUCCCAAGAAAUUCACCAUGGACGAUGACCAAUAUGAUCCCGAGGAGUUGACCCCACCACCCCAUCAUUCAUUUGACGAAUCAUUUUCCCACUACAGAAAGCCCGCAACAUCAAAAGGAUUAAUGAAAGAAGAACAAGAGAUGAAAGAAUAUGGAGGUUCAUCAGAGCUGCAAAUGACACAUGAGACUGAUGGUCAUGUAAGCAGUGUGAUUUCCGUUGAUUUUUCAUUUGACAAAAGACAAAGAUGAUAACUAGGUGGCUAGAAGCUCUCACAUGUGGAACAUGGGAGAUAAUUUCAUCAGAGUAAUGGAUUAUGGUAGAAUGUCCAACCAGAAUUUAUUAGAUACAUAACACAUGCUAGAUAACGAUGGAAGACCAACUGAUCUGUAGCUGUUGAUAAGGUUAAAUAUUGGCACUAGUAA